UUUGGAAGUUGUUGUCGAAGAUGCCGAAGACUGUUGUGUGUGUGUGUGUGUGUGUGUGUUGUUGGAAAUUAGUCAAACAGACCAGACAGGAGCCCGCACAGGUUAAUACUACGUACAAGUGUUUCCAAUUCCGUGCCACUCCAAUUGCACGGGGUUUCGGCAUUCAGCUUUCCUUUGAACAACUUGCAAACCGUGGCAGAUGGGCGCUUACCUUGCCCGAGUUGUGCGCCGAAUGUUGGUUCUAUUUCGGUACACAUCAAAGGGAAGCAAGAAUGAAUUUAAUUUUCAACAUUGAAUUACAACCAUUUACGGCAACAGGAGCCUACAAAUUGAAUCACCCUCUCGGUUUGGCUUACGUUGGCACACGAAACACGAACUCUCCAAAAUAUUGAAUGUUAUUUAGGGUUUUGUUUUUUUUCUUCUUCCAAGUCAUCGUUUCACUUGGGAUUAAUUGCGUAGGACAGGAACAGAACUUCCCUCAAAACGUUAGUGCGGUUUAGGGAAGACAUUCAAACAACCUGCCUGUAUGAACCACAUCCUCCAUCAAGAGGGAAGUUAACCCCACGGUUCUGACGUCAAAUAGGCAGCAUAAGUGAGCAUAUUGACUUCACGUGCCUUGGUGACCUGACCGAACGGUGAGCAGUGCGUGUCUGUAUUGAGUUUCGCAUGUCGCACAUCGCACCCACUAACACCACCCACAGCCGUCACAGUGAAAUUUAUUACAAUUCCCUUUCACGAAGAGAGGAGGCGUUGGAAGAAAGUUCAUGGUUUUGGCGAAAGCAAAAAAAGGCUGCUAAUUAAUCAUCAUCAGGAGCAAACGACGAGGUAUGUUGGGCUGUUUCACCCAACACACACACACAGAAUUGGGACUGUAACCGCAUAGAUCCCUCAGCAUCAUCUCCGUCGCUUGGUGUGGCAAGCCACUUACCCACAUUGCCCACCAGCACAUGUGAUGAUGACCCAUCCAUCCAGCCGGUCGAAUCGAUUUUCUGCCCAACCCAAGGACCCCCACCGGCUCCGAGAGUCAAUGAAGUCACGUGCCUGGUUCGUCGCUGUCGUUGUGCUUUAGCUUCGGAGGGCGCCGGGUGGGGGAUACAGCCGGUUGCGUUUUGGACUCACGUGAAGCCUUUCGAGAAGAGUUGCCAGCACGGCAAAUCGAGAAUAAGAAUGAUGUAACACCGGGCCGUCGUUCGGAGGGCUUGCGAAGCACGUCUGGCAAACACUCGCACACAGACGGCGAAGAAGGAACCGAAGCGUGAAAAUGCUGUGAUGCAUUUUUUACACCGAGUGCACUUUUAAUAGUUUUGUUGACCGUGAAACGGCGAACGGUGGCGCGGACACGAUAGGAUGAAAGCAAAGUAUAAAUCACCCAACCGGGUUGAUUGAUGUUUUUUUUUUCGCUGCUCUCUCCUUCUUUGGGGGUGAGCAUUGCAUUAAAUUUGAUUUUACUUCACGACGCUGAUUUGAACUUUUACCCGCUGAUAAAGCUAUGCAGGGAGAGAUAGGUUGUUGUCCUUUUAGGAUUGUUUAUAAAGCAUAAUGUUCGAGGAACAGAGAUUACCACCGAAAGAAAGAAGAUGCACUUGAAUUCAUAGCGUGGUGCGUUUCAAAUAAGGAUGGUAAUAUACGGUUCGAAUAUUAUGGCUAAAAGGCUGAUAAACAAACAAGUUCGGGAAGGAUACCGUGGCAGAAUACUGAGCGCAAAAGCAGGCCCUUUUGCGUGGGAAACGUAAAGCGAAAACAAUAGCUUCGUGGAACUUGGCUUCGAUUCAACGCCCACAGAAGUAACGAUGCCGUUCUUCUACUCGGAGCAGCGGAAUGCGUAAUCAGUACGCAAGCACGUGUCCAGGAUCGGAUAUGUUGGCCUCUUUAGAUCGACCCAACCGACCGCGCGCGAUAAAUAAUCUUCGCCCAGUUCGCCCUUCUGCAUCUUGGCGAUAAAAGAAGGGGAACAAAACUCAUCAACCACAACCUUCGGCUGUUCGAUAUCCAUUCCAGAAGUGCCCACUCACAGAGCAUGACAGAUCCAAAGGGUGGCGGUGGUGGCGGUGGCGGCGGUGCUGCAAAUGACGUGGAAAUGAAUGCCCUGCCGCGCAAUCAGUCAGUGAACCGGUUCCAGGUUAACCUUGUCAAUCAUGACGAUCCGGCCGGGCACGGCACGGGCAACGGUACGGCCCCCGAGCCGGUCACCGAGGACGACCUGUUCCCGGAGGAGAUGGUCAAGCGGCGAACCUCCCGGCUGCAGUCGCUGCGCAGCAGCUUCCGCACCGACCGGGACCGGGAUCCGGAGCAGCCGCGGCAGCGCAAACCCUCCACGCGCUUCAACGUCGAGGGGGGCGAAUCGGACUCGAACGACGACGAGGAGGAUAAUCUGAUCGACGAGAAUCGAUACGCCCGUAGCUUCCGACACUUUACCCGGGAAGCGCUGCCACGGAUGGACAACUAUCGCAACAUCCUGUCGUUCCAGGGCAACCAGAGACCGACGCUGGACGAGCUGCACGACGCCUCCAUCACGAACAAGGAAACAAUGCGCCGCGGUACGGUGCACGAACCGGCCGAGAUGGACGGAUCGAUCAAGUUCGGCUGGAUUAAGGGCGUGCUGAUGCGCUGCCUGCUAAACAUCUGGGGCGUGAUGCUGUUCCUGCGGCUGAGCUGGGUCGUCGGCCAGGCCGGUAUCGUGCAGGGCGUCGUGCUGAUCUGCAUGACCACCGUCGUGACGACGAUCACCGCCCUCUCGAUGUCCGCCAUCAGCACGAACGGUGUGAUCAAGGGCGGCGGCACGUACUACAUGAUAUCGCGCUCGCUCGGGCCCGAGUUUGGCGGCUCGAUCGGGCUCAUCUUCUCGCUGGCGAACGCGGUCGCCUGCGCGAUGUACGUGGUCGGGUUCUGCGAGUCCAUGAUCGAUCUGCUCGCCUCGUUCGGCGUGGCGAUCGUGGACGGGGCCGUGAACGAUGUGCGCAUCAUCGGCUGCAUCACGAUCGUGCUGCUGCUGUGCAUCGUCGUCGUCGGGAUGGAGUGGGAGGCGAAGGCCCAGAUCGUGCUGCUCAUCAUCCUGCUGGUGGCGAUCGUGGACUUCUGCGUCGGGUCGCUGUGGGGCCCAAAGUCGGAGCUGGACGUGGCGCGCGGCUUCGUCGGCUACAAUGCGACGGUACUGAUGGAGAACAUGCAGUCGGCGUACCGCGUGUCGAAGGGCACGCAGCACGAUUUCUUCUCCGUGUUUUCCAUCUUCUUCCCGGCCGCGACGGGCAUUCUGGCGGGGGCGAACAUUAGCGGCGAUCUGAAGGACCCGUCGUCCUCCAUCCCGAAGGGCACGAUACUGGCGAUUGUGAUUACGUCCGCGUCGUACAUCGGCAUGGCGGUGAUGGCGGGCGCAACGGUGCUGCGCGACGCGACCGGCAACGUCACGGACGUCGCGAACGGGACGUGGGACUUUUCCGCGUGCGAGGAGACGAGCUGCGCGUACGGACUGCACAACUCGUUCCAGGUGAUGGAGCUGGUGUCGGUGUUUGGGCCGCUGAUCUAUGCCGGCUGCUUCGCGGCCACGCUCUCGUCCGCGCUGGCCAGCCUCGUGUCGGCGCCGAAGGUGUUCCAGGCGCUGUGCAAGGACAAGCUGUACCCGAAGAUCAGCUGGUUCGGCAAGGGCUUCGGCAAGAACAACGAGCCGGUGCGCGGGUACAUACUGACGUUCGUCAUCUCGGUGGCGGUGAUUCUGGUGGGCGAUCUGAACAUGAUCGCGCCGCUCAUCUCCAACUUCUUCCUGGCCGCUUACUGUCUGGUGAACUUCAGCACGUUCCAUGCCAGCUUGGCCAAACCGGUCGGCUGGCGGCCAACUUUUAAGUAUUACAACAUGUGGCUGAGUCUACUGGGUGCUAUCUUCUGUAUCGCGGUAAUGUUCCUGAUCUCCUGGCCCACGGCACUGAUCACCUUUGCGGCCGUCCUGUCGCUGUACCUGAUCGUGUCGUACCGCAAGCCCGACGUUAACUGGGGCUCCACCACGCAAGCCCAAACGUACAAGAACGCACUCCUCUCGGUGCAGCAGCUGAACAAUGUGGAGGAGCACGUCAAGAACUACCGGCCCCAGAUACUGGUCCUGUGCGGGCAUCCGAGCUCCCGGCCACUGCUCGUCAACUUUGCCUACCUGCUCACCAAGAAGCUGUCCCUGCUCGUCUGUGGCCACGUGACCAAGACGCACGUGUCGCAGAAGUACCGCAACCAUCUGCAGAAGAAGGCGGCCGAGUGGUUCCGCCGGCACAAGGUGAAGGGGUUCUAUUCGCUGAUCGACGAUAACGAUUUCGAGACCGGGUCGCGCGCCAUCAUGCAGGCGUCCGGCAUCGGCAAGCUGCGCCCGAACGUGCUGCUGAUGGGCUUCAAGAGCGACUGGGAUCGGUGCGAGCCGGCCGAGCUGGAGCAGUACUUUAACGUCGUGCACAAGGCGCUCGACAUGUACUUAUCGGUGGCGAUACUGCGCGUCGGCAAGGGCUUCGACUACUCGCAGGUGCUCGGCGAGGACACGGUCAAGUUCAUCUCGGAGUACCCGCGCACGCUGGUGGCGAACGACAGCACGAACGAUCUGCUCAGCCACAACAAGGUCAGCUCGCUGCACGGCAGCUGCGAUUCGCUCAGUCGCAACGUUUCGCAAGACCAAACUAAUGACGUUAACGAGAAGAAUGCGAAAAACCUCAAGGCAAGCAGUACCAGCGAUCUGAGCAAAACCAUCUCCGUAGCACCAGACCCGAUCGACAUCAAUGCCAAGCUGCUCACGGAAACUGGCCAGCGGUCACUGAAACGGGGCGAUCCGUCCCUGCUGUACCGCGGCCCGGGCGGCGCCGAGCUGCCCACCGAGGUGCUGGACGAGCUGACGCAGUUCACCUCGAAAAAGAAGACGGGCAUCAUCGACGUGUACUGGCUGUACGAUGACGGUGGGCUGACGCUGCUGCUGCCGUACAUUAUCAGCACCCGGCGGAACUGGGCGUCGUGCAAGCUGCGCGUGUUCGCGCUCGCCAACCGCAAGACGGAGCUGGAGUUCGAGCAGCGCAACAUGGCGAGCCUGCUGGCCAAGUUCCGCAUCGACUACUCCGAUCUGCAGCUGCUGCCGGACGUCACCAAGAAGCCGAACCAGGAGAUGGCCGACUUUUUCAAGGGAUUAAUCAAAGAGUUUACGGCGAAGGAUGAGGCCGCGGAUGCUAGCACAGCGGGAACUUCGACCAUCUCGAAGGCGGAACUGCUCGCGGUACAGGACAAGACGAACCGCCAUCUGAAUCUGCGCGAGUAUCUGCUCCAGCACUCCAGCAAGUCCGACCUGGUCGUGAUGACGCUGCCGAUGCCGCGCAAGGGUGUCGUCUCCGCUCCGCUCUACAUGGCGUGGCUGGAAGCGUUGAGCCGCGAUCUGCCCCCGUUCCUGUUUGUCCGCGGCAAUCAGACGUCCGUGCUGACGUUCUACUCUUAACCGCCGCCGGGGAAACCACUCGACCGAUCCUUUUCUCCCCCCCCCUCCAUCACCAUUCAAUUUCACUUUGCAUUUCGUCUACUCACACACGUUGUUUGUAGUCUUGUAAGAGUUUCUUCUAUUUGGCUUCUCAUCUGAUGGCCAUGCCUCGAUUGAGACCUGUAUUUCAUAAUUAAUUUAUUGCUUCUAAAGGGAUAGUGGUGGUGUGUGUGUGUGUUUGGCUCUUGUUAGCCUUUCCCGCAAGCUCAUCGACCACAUAACCCAAGAUGGUAACCAAGGUAACAGAAAAGCGCAUUAGCAAAAUCCAUUUCGAGCAGCCGCCUUCAAGUCCCGCAAGCCCUUUUUUGAACGGGGGAAAGUUUUUCCCCUCAAACGGAACGGGAGAACCCUUUUCACCGAUCCGUACUAAUGGUGUGGCAUUGUGUAGCAGCAGCCAUUCCGCCGGACGGACGAUGGGUGAAAAGUCAGAGCAGUGGCGGUGAUUGGUUUAGAGGUGUAUUUGGUUUCAUCGGUUUCUGUUACAUUGCUAGUUUUUUGCUCUCUCUCUCUCUCUCUCUCUCUCCCCCCGAUGGGGUCAUCCGGUUGACGCGUAACGUCCAUUACCACCGGGCAAAAGCUGCUGGUUGGCAUAACUUUUUUUUUCUAUUUUUACACUCUCACUCUGCUGACGCUUCCUUCCCGAUACUGCUGAAGGUUUCCUUCCUCCUACUCUGAGCGGUGGCGGAAGAAAUGGAAGAAUAAGAAUGAAAUCUAGCCGCACCAGAGAGUAGAAGACGUCGCGGUUGAAAUUGCACCCGUCAAGAGCGGUCGUGGCAACGGAAGAGAGAGAGAGAGAAAGAGAGAGUCGGAUAUCCCUUUUUUUUUGUUGUUGCGCAUCGUUGUCACGCGUCAGAGGGCAAUUGUUGCGGAUUCAGGGGCGGAUUGGGUUUUGUGGGUUUGGAUGUUUUGAUUGUGCGAUUGUAUUUUCCUGUUAUCGCCCCCCCCCCCCCCAUUGCUCUCUAUUGCUGUCUUCCACACGCCGGACGGGGGGGGGGGAGUAUGAUUCCAAUUUUAUUGCGCAUAUGUGUGUGCUUGUGUCCAUCCUUGUGUGCUGUAGCAAUCCGAUUUGCCGGUUCGUUUCGCUCCCUGUGGCACACUGUGUCCAAUGGCAAUGGCGGAAGCCCCCAAACGGAGUGAAAAAUGCAUCUUUUAUUACAUUGCAUGCAUAGCGUAGUGAAGUGCGGAAAAGCGGAUUGUAGCGAAAUAGUCAUGGAACAACAUGCAUCCUCUCCCGUUCCACCCCCCCCCCCCUCCCCCCUUCAUCAACUGUCCCAGUGGUUUGAACUUGACCUUUUACCGGUUGCGAAGUGUCCGACCGGUCAGCGGCUUAGGAUGGGAACGACAUUCCACCCCACAAGCACGAAACUAUCCCCUAUCCCUCUGUAACACAUUCCAUACCGCAUAAACGCUUCUCAUCGCCGGCUUGCAGCAUCGCUGUCACGUUCAGAGACGAUUGGGGUGAGAGGGGGAGGGGGGAGGGGGGCACAGGGGGAGGGAACAGAACACGAGCGCCCGGGAGCAGUACAUAUAAGUAUUAAUUUUCUCAACAUCCCUUUUGUGUGUGUGUGUGUGCGCGUGAAGAAGAUGGAAGUUGUUGUCCGUGCAGAUUUCAGCAAACAGGGGAAACUCUGGUCGCGCCGUGUGCAUGCUGGAUGCUGUUUUUGUUUGUUUGUUUUGUUAUUUAUAGUAUUAUUAUUUCAUUUACGGCUAGAAUUAGGAGCACUGUGCGAGAGGACGGUUGGAGUGACCGCGGGCUGGGGAUGGAAAGGAAAGAACAAAGAGGAAGCAGGGAGAGGGCAGGGAGUAAAUGGAUCAGCUUAAGCUCUUAGAUUAGCCCGGGAUGUCGGGAAGUGCCUUUAUUGUUUGUGCCGCUGUUCUGGACUGGUGUAAAAGGCGAAUUAGUAGCAGUAGUAGUGGUAGUAGUGGUGGUGAAGUGAACACAUUUUUACAUUGACAACACAAAUUGACACAAACACACUGAAAGUGAGGGGAUAGAGUAUUGCUUAGAACAGUUGCAUAGAAUUCGCAUCGUAUCGUACCGUAUUGUGCUUGUAAAAGCUACCUUUGUUACAAUAAAAUUGAUUCCAGUAAAAUUGUA